CGCCGAGGGCUCCGGGGGCCACCCCUCUCGCCGCCCGGGAUCGUGCGCAAACUUCGCUGCUCUCCGCUUCGCCCUGCCUUCCGCGCGCCGCGGCCGCCUGCUCCGUGGAGGGCGCCCCGGGCGCGCCGGGCGGGCAUGGGCGGGGGCCCGGGCCGGGGCGGGCAGCCGGCGGCCGCAGCUCGCGUCCGGGCACGGCGGCUCUGAGGCGCGCGCGCGCGGAGCUCGCGGCUCCGGCCCCUCCGACGCCAGCAUGCGGUGCCCGGGCCCCCGCCUGUGGCUGGUCCUGCAGGUGGUGGGCUCGUGCGCCGCCAUCAGCUCCAUGGACCGGGAACGACCAGGCGACGGCAGGUGCCAGCCCAUCGAGAUCCCCAUGUGCAAAGACAUCGGCUACAACAUGACCCGCAUGCCCAACCUGAUGGGCCACGAGAACCAGCGCGAGGCGGCCAUCCAGCUGCACGAGUUCGCGCCGCUCGUGGAGUACGGCUGCCACAGCCACCUCCGCUUCUUCCUGUGCUCGCUGUACGCGCCCAUGUGCACCGAGCAGGUCUCCACGCCCAUCCCCGCCUGCCGCGUCAUGUGCGAGCAGGCCCGGCUCAAGUGCUCCCCGAUCAUGGAGCAGUUCCACUUCCGGUGGCCCGACUCCCUGGACUGCGGCAAGCUACCCAACAAGAACGACCCCAACUACCUGUGCAUGGAGGCGCCCAGCAACGGCUCGGACGAGCCCAGCCGCGGUGGCCCGGGCCUCUCCCCGCCGCUCUACAGGCCGCAGCGGCCGCAUGAGCACCCGCCCCCGGAGGGCGGCCCCGGGCACUCCGCCGCCGCCGCCGCUGCCAACGCUGCGGGCUGCGAUAACCCGGGCAAGUUCCACCACGUGGAGAAGAGCGCGGCGUGCGCGCCGCUGUGCGCGCCCAACGUGGACGUGUACUGGAGCCGCGCCGACAAGCGCUUCGCCGUGGUCUGGCUCGCCGUGUGGUCCGUGCUGUGCUUCCUGUCCAGCGCCUUCACCGUGCUCACCUUCCUCAUCGACCCCGCGCGCUUCCGCUACCCGGAGCGCCCCAUCAUCUUCCUCUCUAUGUGCUACUGCGUGUACUCCGUGGGCUACAUCAUCCGCCUCUUCGCCGGCGCCGAGAGCAUCGCCUGCGACCGCGACAGCGGCCAGCGCUACGUGAUCCAGGAGGGCCUGGAGAGCACGGGCUGCACGCUCGUCUUCUUGGUGCUCUACUACUUCGGCAUGGCCAGCUCGCUGUGGUGGGUGGUGCUCACGCUCACCUGGUUCCUGGCCGCCGGCAAGAAGUGGGGCCACGAGGCCAUCGAGGCCAACAGCAGUUACUUCCACCUGGCCGCCUGGGCCAUCCCCGCCGUCAAGACCAUCGUGGUGCUGGUCACGCGCCGGGUGGCAGGGGACGAGCUCACCGGCGUCUGCUACGUGGGCAGCAUGGACGUCAGUGCCCUCACGGGCUUCGUGCUGGUCCCGCUGGCCUGCUACCUGGUAGUGGGCACCUCCUUCCUGCUGUCGGGCUUCGUGGCCCUCUUCCACAUCCGCCGGGUGAUGAAGACGGGCGGGGAGAACACGGACAAGCUGGAGAGGUUGAUGGUGCGCAUCGGGGUCUUCUCCGUGCUCUACACGGUGCCCGCCACCUGCGUCAUCGCCUGCUACUUCUACGAGCGCCUCAACGUGGACUAUUGGAAGGCCCUGGCCACGCAGCACAAGUGCAAGGUGAACAACCAGACGAAGCACCUGGACUGCGUCAUGGCGGCCUCCAUCCCGGCCGUGGAGAUCUUCCUGGUGAAGGUGUCCAUGCUGCUGAUCGUGGGCAUCACCAGCGGCAUGUGGGUCUGGACCGCCAAGACCCUGCAGUCCUGGCAGAGCGUGUGCGGCCGCCGGCUGAGGAGGAAGAGCCGUAGGAAGCCCGCCAGCGUCAUCGCCGCCCCUGGGGGCAUGUACAAAAAGGCCCAGCCGCCCCCCAAGGCGCACCCCCAGGGGCUCCCUGCCCCGCCGACCUGCGUGUGA